AUGAAUUCGCCCCAAGAAUCAGGUUUUAGAGCUUUUCAAGGUACUGAUUGUGGAUGGUCUUCUUGCUGUAGAAAUUCAACUCAUUAUCAUUGUAGAACUUGCGGUUAUGGAACAAAUCUUCAUCAAAAAGAAUUCCCUAAGUUAUCUUCUUCAACGGAUUCAAGUUUAAUGCAACAUGAAGUUCAUCAAACAACCCAACCUUAUUAUUAUUCUUCUAUUAGUCCAACACUACCUGUUCCACCUCAAUCGAACAAUUCAUCAAGUUCAAAUGUCAAAUUACUCUCAAAUCAGUCUGGUGCAAUGUUUAACUUUGUAAUUCCUCCACAAAAUUCACAGUACAGUUCAAUUUAUGGAACACAAACUGUCUUUCCUAAUUCCAAUUUGUUCUCCCCAUCAAGUUUUAAUAGUUUCAAUCAAAUUGAUUCACCUUGGUUACCACAAAAUAGAUUCAUACCACCAGGUGUACAUUCAUCUAAUUCGACAUCUGACUUGUUAGGAAGCGGAAAAAGUCCUUUUGAUAAAAUUGAAGCAUCAAAUUCUCCUUCUUGUUUUGGGAGAAUGAGUAGUAUUGAAACUACUACUACUAUAGGAAUGUGUUCUCCUCUCACAGCUGAAGCAUAUAAAGUAGUUUCUAAAGAAUUUCAAACAAAAUUAGAUUCUCAAAGUUGGUAUUGUAGUCCAUCAAAUGCUUUGAACUAUAACAGUCAAUCUUCAUCAUCAUGUAAAUUUAGCGAAACUUCCCCAUCAUGCUCUGUUAGUUUAUUAUUACUGGAAUCAAAUGAUCAAAAACAAAAUCAAGACUAUUCAAAUGAUGAUAAUUUAACUUUUGAAUCAUCAAGAAAUGAUGUUAAAACUAAUUUAAAUAAGGAAAAUACAAAAAAUUAUACUUCUUGCAUGAAUAUGCCCAGACAAGAUCUUGAUGUUUAUAAAAAUGAAUUAGAAGAAAAGAAAAAUUCAUCGCAAUCGAUAAAUUUAAGUUCAAGUAAUAAAGAAAAUGUUGAAUUUGAAUCACUUUCUACAUCAGAAGAAAGUGACAUAAUUGUUGAAGAAUCUGAUUCUGAAAAUGUUAAUUCUACAAGCGAUUUAGAAAGUGAUGUUAAAAUGGUUAUAUCGUCAAAAUGUUUAGUUUGUAAUAAAUCUUCUUCUGUUGAUUCAGAAAAUGAUUUUGUCAAAAUUAGUAAAGAAAUGCCUGUAACAACAUCAACUCAAGUUUCAAUUUUAAGCAAACUUUCACAAGUAAUUAACGAUGAAAAUUUUAAAAAGUUGAAAGGUUGCAUUAUAUGCCCGAGGUGUUUAAAUUUAAUUAAUGUGGUCGAUCAACUGGAAAUAAAAUUAAAAUCGGCUAAGAAAGAAUUGGUCGACAUCUAUAAGUCUAAAAAUUCAACCAAUGAUAUAUCUGAUCAAAAAAUCGAACAACAAUCUUCUGAUGAAUUAAUAAAAAAAAAAUUAUUUUGUGAUGUUUGCAAUAAACAAUUUUCUACUAUUAAUUAUUUAGAAAAACAUAAACAAUGUCACACUAAAGUAUUCAGUUAUUAUUGUGAAUAUUGUGGUAAAGGUUUUGCAGUUUUACAAACUCUUCAAAACCACAUUUCUCUUCAUUCCAAUUCCUCAAGGUUUCAAUGUGAACUUUGCGGUAAAAGAUUUAUACAAAAAAAUAAUUUGACUGAUCACAUAAAAAAGCACAAAGGUGAAUAUAAAUACAAAUGUGGGAUUUGUAACAAAGGAUUUAUAAGAAGAAGUGUACUUAAAACACACAUGUUGUCUCACAAUUCUGAUUCAUUGAUGUGCCAACAUUGUGGAAAGCAAUUUAAAAAUUUAGCAAAUUUAUCGGUUCAUAUAAAAAUAUGUUCGGGAGAUUUAAAAUUUGACUGCAUAAAAUGUGAUAAAAAAUUUCCAAUCAAAUCAUUACUUAAAAAACAUAUUUCAAUUAGGCAUAAUUCAGAAUUUCAUUUUGUUUGCAACAUUUGUAAAAAGGGUUUUGCAAAAAAAUCAGAUUUAAAAACUCACAUGAAUUCGCAUUCAGAAAACAGACCAUUUAAAUGUUCUAAAUGUAAUUGCUGUUACAAGAGUUUGAGUAAUUUGAAUCAGCAUUUAAAAGUUCAUUCCGUUUAUGGAGUAUUGGAGUGCAAAGUUUGCGGCAAAAAAUUUACAAGGCAAGAUUGUUUGAAUGAUCAUUUGAAUCAGCACACUGGAAAUAAACCGUACAAAUGCACAACCUGUUGGAAAACUUUUGCAAACAGAAUAAAUUUUAACAUACAUGUUAAAAGGCAUAAUGGAACUCUUAAACAAACUCCUUGUCCCAUCUGUGGUAAAUUAUUUACAAAAGGUUUAAAAGAUCAUUUAACAUCACAUUCUGGACAAAAACCAUAUUCUUGUAAACAUUGUACUGCAGUGUUUACUGUGAAAAGUAGUCUCAAUAAACAUAUUAAAGUAAAGCACAAUAAUUUGUAA